UGGGCGGUGGCGUUGUCAUUUUGUAGUUGUGCUGCCCCUCCCUCCCUGUUGUCACGACGCCGCUCGGGGCUGGGGCUUUUUCGCGCUGCCUUCUCGGCCGCUGUUGACUGAUGUUCUGAGGGAGAAGAGAGGGAAGCGGUGGCUGGUCCUUCUCCACUUUUUCCUGGCGCCCCCUUCCCAUCCUUUCUGGGCCGGCCCCAGAAAGCUCUUUCUUCGCCAUGACCACCAGCACCACCGGGUCCACGCUGCUGCAGCCUCUCAGCAACGCCGUUCGGCUACCAAUAGACCAGGUCAACUUUGUAGUGUGCCAACUGUUUGCCUUGCUUGCUGCUGUCUGGUUUCGAACUUACCUUCAUUCAAGCAAAACUAGUCCAUUUAUAAGGCAUGUUGUUGCCACCCUUUUGGGCCUUUAUCUUGCACUUUUUUGUUUCGGAUGGUAUGCCUUACAUUUUGUUAUACAAAGUGGAAUUUCCUACUAUAUCAUGAUCAUUAUAGGAGUGGAAAACAUGCACAAAUACUGUUUUGUUUUUGCUUUGGGAUACCUCACUGUGUGCCAAAUUUCUAGAGUCUAUAUCUUUGAUUAUGGACAAUAUUCUGCUGAUUUUUCUGGCCCAAUGAUGAUAAUUACACAGAAGAUUACAAGCUUGGCAUAUGAAAUUCAUGAUGGAAUGUUUCGAAAGGAGGAGGAACUGACGCCAUCACAGCGAUGUUUAGCUGUGAGACGCAUGCCAAGUCUACUGGAGUAUUUAAGUUACAACUGUAAUUUCAUGGGUAUCCUGGCAGGCCCAUUAUGCUCUUAUAAAGACUAUAUUACUUUCAUUGAAGGCAGAUCAUACCAACUGACACAGUCUGAAGCAAAUGGAAAAGAAGAGAUAAAAUAUGAACAAGCAGAUCCCUCUCCAAAUACAGCUGUGGCGCAGAAACUCGUAGUGUGUGGACUAUCCUUAUUAUUUCAUAUGACUGUUAGCAAAACUUUGCCUGUAGAGCACAACGUUGAUGAUCAUUUCAGAGCAACAGCAUCACUGCCUACAAGGGUUAUCUACUUGUACCUAUCUCUAAUGGCUGCCAGACCCAAAUACUAUUUUGCAUGGACUUUGGCAGAUGCAAUUAAUAAUGCAGCUGGGUUUGGAUUUAGAGGCUAUGAUAAAAAUGGACUCUCACAGUGGGAUUCAAUUUCAAAUCUAAGAAUUCUGCAUAUAGAGUUUUCAACAAGUUUCAAGAUGUUUCUUGAUAACUGGAAUAUCCAGACAGCUCUUUGGCUCAAGAGAGUAUGCUAUGAACGAGCCUCCUUCAGUCCAACAAUACAAACCUUUAUCUUGUCAGCUAUUUGGCAUGGGGUGUAUCCAGGAUAUUAUUUAACAUUCCUAACGGGAGUACUAAUGACACUUGCAGCACGAACUAUUAGAAAGAACAUUAGACACUACUUUAUUGACUCUCCAGGCAUUAAAUUAUGUUAUGAUAUAAUGACAUGGAUGAUGACUCAAGUAGCAAUAAGUUACACAGUUGUACCAUUUGUACUUCUCUCUGUAAAGCCAUCUUACAUGUUUUACAGUUCCUGUUAUUUCUGCCUCCACAUUGCCUGCAUUUUAGUACUGUUGAUAUUUCCAAUGAAAAGAACUAAAAAAGGAAAUAAAGAGCAAGGAAGCAUCCAGCCCUCCUGGUCCAAAAAGCAAGGAGGACGAGAAGAAGAAAAAGAAAAAGGCAUUAUGGGAUACAACAGCUAUUUUACGACAAAUAGUUUCAAUCAGAAAAGAGAAAUCACCUGCAGAAAUACAACACUGAAGCAAUGAUUUAGGAGAUGCUAUGGUGGAUAUAUUUUAUAUUUCAAAACCCGUUUAUAGCACCUUUUAAAGGGGUUUGUAUUUGUCUGAAAAGAUGGGUUAGUAGAAAAAAAGAAUGCUAUAUCCCUACGGAAUAUUGAAUACACUAGUAAGAAUGGAAACAAAGCAAAUUAACCUCUCCUGUGCCAUGUUCCUGUGGAUCACGCCUUACAUGAAAAUAUUACCAUUAUUUCAGUGGGCACUCAGGACUUGCAGCCUAUGUCCAUCGGGUCAUAAGUGUGCCCCUUCGCUGAAUGUAUGUUGUGUAUCCCAAGGCACUGAUGGGGGUGGGGGUGGACCAUUGUGUCAGUCCAGAAUAACAGAAAGAAAAUACCUUUAACAAGCAAAUGCCUUGCCUUAAAACCUCUAUCUACUGAAAUAAUGUUUCUAAGUGGUAUUUUCAUGUUUAACAAUAUGUGGGAAAUGGAAGAAGAAAGUCACUUGGUGUCAGGUAAGAAGGAAUUGCAAUAAGCAUCUCAGUAUCUGGAGGGUUUUCUUAUAUCAAAUUUGUACAGUACAAGACUGCAAAUAUUGCCAAUGCCAAAUUAGAGGUAGUUCAUUUCUUUUAUUAACUCAAAAGUCACCCUUUUCAGGGCUAAAUGCUCUGGUUUAAGGGAUUGGGGAUUUUGUUGCUCCUUCAGUAUAUAUGAGCUUUGCAGCUACACAAAAUAGCAGCCAUAAUAGGACACUCGUGGAGUUUCUGUUGAAGCCACAACUUUCCAGUAAAACUCAUCCUUAUUAUCAUGUAAAAAUCAGAGUGACAUUAAGAUAUAGUCACUUGGAAAUUUUUGUCAGAAAUGUAAAAAAAAUAGUGUGAGAAAGUGCUUAUGAUAUAAGUAUAGCCAGAUUAUCCUAUGGUUAUAAUUCAGUUUAUAUUAAACAAAGAGUGAAAUUGUUAAAUAGGUACUGUCUAGCUCAUCUUUGAUAUUAUAUACCUUCUUACACUGGAGAACCUGUGAUUAGGAAAUCCCUAAAACAGGAUUUCAUUCAUGGAGAUCAUACUAUACUUUUUGAUAAAAUAUUCCCAACCGUUCUGUUCUCUUAUUUUACUUUGAAAAUAUAUCAGAGGAGUUGAUAAAUGCUAAUCAAUUUCUGGUGAACAUUUAACAACUGCUAAAGAAAUGAAGUACUAAAGGGCUACAAUUUUUAUUUGCUUCUUAGCAUACCAUUUGCUUUGUUUUAGUAAAUGCAAACCAUUUUAACUUUUGAAACAUUAAGAAAAUGCUAUAGUGAAAGUAAUUAAAAUCAGGUUUGGUUAAUUUUGAAACUGACUUUUCUUUCCAAUAAUAUUUUAUACCAAGAAUGGGAAGCUGUUGCCCUACAGAGGUUAUUGGACUACAACUCCUAUCAGUCAUUUGCAGUGCUUGCUGUAGCAGAUGGUAGGUGGAGUUUAAUGACAUCUAGAGGACCACAUGUUCCCCAUCCUUCCCCUAACACAUAGUGGAUGACUGUAUUUUUAAGUGAGCAGAGAAAGAUAAAAUUAGCUCUUCACUAUUGUCAGGGAUGUAGAAAACAAAUUUGUUUUCUAUGUGUAGGAAUCUCAAGGCAUCCUCAUCUGCAAGGUUCAUCCUUGAAUCAAGACUAAGAAAUAGAAUAUAUUUCUUGUUUAGAGUGUUCCAUUUCUUUUCAUGGUCUGCCUCCCUGAUAUUGCCAGAUAGUUGGAGGCAGUUGCCUUCUGUCUGAGGAAACUACAGCCUAAUGCACGAUACUGAUUCAUUGUUAGAAUGGAAAUGCAGAAUGGAAUAUGUUUUUAAAGAUCAGAUAACUGUGCACAUUGAAAAGGGCUUUCAUGCUGACUGUGUCAUGGAAAUGAAUAUUUACUAUGAAAAUAAAUAGUUUGUAUUAUCUGCUGAAA